AUGGCUGAGUCACUAGAACAUCUGGUUGUAGAUGGCAACGAGGUGUUAGAAAUAAAAUUAGUUAGGUCUGCAGAUGAUAUAGAAGAUGAUGAGACAACAUUCGGUCCUGAGAUGUGUCAUCAAGUUUUUGGCGAAAACGAGAAUAUUUUUGGUUACACAGAUUUACAAAUCAAACUAUAUUAUAGUGCGGCCAGUCUUCAGACGUAUCUCGGCAUCUCAUAUACUGAUAAGAUAGACCCCAAAAAAACAGGUGGUUUGAAGGCAGAUGAUAUUGAGGAAGCAUUGAAAAAAGUAUUGGCACCGGGAUAUGUUACUAAUUUAGAUGUGUUUGUUUCAAUGUUAGAAAAAGAUAAAAGUUUCACACCACAUGGCAAGCUCAUCCAUACGUUUUCAACAAUACCUUGCGACAGUAGUGAAUCUAGAACAUUUGAAGUUUACUAUUCAGAGGUAACUACCCCCGGUUUCCUGUCUUUUCAUGAACGAAUACAAACAUUCUUAUUGUGGUAUGUCGAUGCCGCUUCCUUCAUUAAUGUGGAUGAUGACCAAUGGACAUUCUUUACUGUUUUUGAAAAGUAUCGCAAUAGUGUAGGUGAAUAUCGUUACUCAGUGGCUGCCUAUGCUACAGUAUUCAGAUAUUAUGCCUAUCCUAACAACGUUAGACCGAGGGUGUCACAAGUGCUCACAUUGCCCCCGUUCCGCAAGAUGGGAAUAUGCGCUAAUUUACUACAGGCCAUCUAUUCUCAUUUCAUAGUGCAGCCAGAGGUAGUUGACAUAACAGUUGAAGAUCCAUCGGAAAGUUUUCAAAGAAUAAGAGAUUUUGUUGAUGUUAAGAAUUGUGAAUCAUUACCAGCAUUCCAACCUAUGAAACUUUUACAAGGCUUUUCUCCAGAAAUGAUAAAUCAGGCUCGUAGCAAGUUUAAGAUUAAUAAGAAACAGGCUCGGAGAGUGUAUGAGAUACUCCGUUUGAAGAACACUAACACAUCAGAUAAGGCAGCUUACCUAACUUAUAGACUGGAUGUUAAGAAUAGGUUGAAUGCACCUUUUCAGAAAAAGAAGCUUGAAUUGAAAAAACUACAAAAGGUUUUGAAACCAGAGGAGUUUAUAGCUUCAGUGAAUGCUAGCGGGGCCGCGGAAACUCACGCAAGGCUAGCGGCACAUUACCGAGCGUUAGAAGAUGAAUACCGCGCUGUACUACACAGAAUAGAAAUACAGUGA